AUGUUUGAUUUACUUUCUUUUUUGCUUAUUUCAUUCUUUUUACUUUUUUAUUAUGAUUCAUUUUUCUUUCCUUCAUUCCUUUUUUUUCACUUUCUUUUUUUAUUCCUUUUUCUUUCCUUCAUUCCUUUUUUUUCACUUUCUUUUUUUAUUCCUUUUUCUUUCCUUCAUUCAUUUUCACUUCUUUCUUUUUUCUUUCUUUCUUUGUUUUUGGACUUGUAUUUUUUAAUAAUAUUUUUUGCAAUCUUUCUUCAAUUUCUUUUUCAUCUCUUUUCUUUCUUUCUUUCUUUUUGUUUUUCUUUCAUUCCUUUUCUUUCUUUCUUUUUUGCUCUUUAUUUUUUUAAUAAAUAUUUUCUUCUCAAUCUUGCUCCAGUUUCUUUCUCACCUCUUUCAUCUGUUUUCUUUCUUUUCUGUUUCAUAUUUCAUUUCUUUUUCUUUCUUUCUUUCUUUUUCUUUCUUUCUUUCUUUCUUUCUUUCUUUCUUUCUUUCUUUUUUUUUACAGUCUAUUUUUUAAUAAUAUUUUUCUCAAUCUUUCUUCAAUUUCUUUUUCACCUCUUUCAUCUCUUUUUUUCUUUCUUUUUGUUUUUCUUUCAUUCUUUUUCUUUCUUUCUUUUUCGCUGUUUAUUUUUUAAUAAAUAUUUUUUCCUCAAUCUUGCUCCAGUUUCUUUCUCAGCACUUUCAUCUGUUUUCGUACUUUUCUGUUUUAUAUUUCAUUUCUUUUUCUUUCUUUCUUUUGUGCUUUCAUUCUUUCUUUCUUUUUUUUACUGUGUAUUUUUAAUAAUAUUUUUCUAA